CAGAGUGAUUGCUAUUGUGAUGCCGCGACAAUAGGAACAUGCCGGCACACACUCGAUGGCAGCACGUGCCACGCCCAUGAGCCUUCCUUCUCGGCAUCAUCUCCCGCUGCGCCCGUCUCUGUGCAGCUGCAACAUCCACCCUUCGACUCCGCGGCGCAAAAGCGCCCUGGCUUGACAGCGACCGCCGCCCAACCGUCACGGCGCCAUCUAUCGCGCACCCCUUCCGACCUCACUCCCGCCAUGGCGACUGCCGCCGCCGCGUCGCCGCCAAAGGGCAUCCAGCGCCGGUUUCGCGGCUGCUCAAAGAUCGGCGAAUACGAAAUGCUGCAGAAGCUGGGCGAGGGAACGUUUGGAGAAGUCCAUAAAGCCCGCCAUGUCCGCUCCGGCCAGAUCUUCGCGCUGAAGAAGAUCCUGACGCACAACGAGAAAGAUGGAUUUCCCAUCACGGCGCUGCGGGAAAUCAAGCUGCUGAAGAUGCUGUCCCACGACAACGUCCUGAAGCUGGAAGAGAUGGCGGUCGAGAGACCCAAGGCCGAGGGCAGGAAACGCGCCAUUCUGUACAUGGUUAUGCCCUACAUGGACCACGAUCUCUCGGGUCUCCUCGACAACCCAGACGUCCAUUUCUCGGAGCCGCAGAUCAAGUGCUACAUGCUCCAGCUGUUCAAGGGCCUCCGCUAUCUGCACGACAACCACAUCCUUCACCGGGACAUGAAGGCAGCAAACCUCCUCAUCAAUAACCGCGGCCGACUACAGAUUGCAGACUUUGGACUGGCUCGGCACUACGACGAGCCGGUGCCUCAGCGCGGCAGGGGCAAUGGCGAAGCUCGACGAGAUUACACUACGCUGGUGGUAACUAGGUGGUAUCGCCCGCCGGAGCUGCUUCUUCAACUUCGACGAUACACGCCGGCCAUCGACAUGUGGGGCGCUGGCUGCGUCUUUGGCGAAAUGUUCAAGCGCAAGCCCAUCCUCGCGGGACAAAGCGACCUCCAUCAAGCCCAGAUCAUCUUCGAGUUGGUCGGCUCUCCCAACGACCAGAGUAUGCCUGGCUGGAAUGUCCUCCCUGGUGCGGAACCCGUGAAGAGCUUUCAAGCAAGCAGUGGCAACCUUCGAAACAGGUUUAGGGAGCUCAGUCCGCAAGGUCUCAAUCUCCUCGGCGAGCUCCUGAAGCUCGACUGGCGGAAGCGUAUAAAUGCUAUCGAUGCUAUCGAUCAUCCUUACUUUAGAGAAGAACCCCGGCCUAUGCGCGAAGAGGAUAUUCCCACCUUCGCCGACUCGCACGAACUCGACAGGCGCAACGCCCGUGGCCAGAAGCAAGCGCUACCGCCUGCGCCAGCAGGAGGAACUGUUGGCGGAGGCCCUCACGGAGACUGGACCGGGUCUGGUCCACCCCCGACUGGUGUCCCUGGAUCCUGGAUGGAUGGGGAUCGAAGGUACGGACCGCAAGAUAGAGGCCCGCCAGGUGUCGACCGGCUGCCGCGAGGAGGCUAUGAACGCCGACCCCCACCAUACGACCACCGACCCCCUCCGCCACCGCCGCCGGAGCGCCGACCGCACUGGGGUAACGGUGCAGAAGCACGACACGGCAAUCUUCCCCCGCCUCCAGGCGAAGGUCGGCACCCUCUACCACAUCCACCUCGUUACGGGCCUGCUGGAGAGCGCGGACACCGCCCCCCGGUCGGCGACACGUACAUCCCCAGCUAUGGCGACGACGGCCCGCGACCGAGAGAGAACAGGCGAUCACGAGACCCCGACGAUCGGCCUAGAGAUGGCCGGCGAGGCUCUAGGGACUCGGGCCAUUCUCGGGACGGCUAUCCCGAUGACCGGUCGGAUCGCGGCCGGGGUUACAGAGACAGAGACCGUCCCGGAGACUCACGCGGCUUUGGACGCGACCGGCGAGACGCGAGGACUCGCUCACGGAGCCCAGACCGACGAGAGAGGCCCCGCGAGCGUGAGCGUGAGCGUGACAGGGACAUAUACAGACGGUGAGAAGGACGCGCGUUGAUUCCACAUCAGGUGGAGAGGCUUUGGGUAGGCACAUUUAGAUGGAGCGGAGCAAGAUUACUUCUUUCUCUUCGCGCUAGAUUAAUGCUCUGGCGUGAGAGGAUACUGGUUCUUUGGAAUACGGCGCAAUGGGGUGACGAGAUUGGACGAGAUUGGUUGACAUGCAUGGCGUCAUCGGCAUUGUUAUGGAUGGACUGAUCUGGUGGAACUGCGUAGACGGGCGUUUGGAGGGACUUGAGCAUUUACACGGCGUCGGAUUGCCUGGCGUCUAGCUCGUCUAGCUGCUGCCGUGGACUAUUAGCGGCCUUUGUAUUGCCCUGCCUCUGAGAUACAUCAACCUAUUUGUACCAGCGCGUGUUCGGCAAUACU